AUGUCCUCCUCAACGCAGGACCUUACCCAACAAGUUGACCUCGGGAGCACGUUCGGGGCACUUUUCAUUGGUGUUGUCCUUUCAGCAGUUCUCUUUGGUGCAACCAACGUUCAAGCUUUCGUCUACUUUCAGACGCAUAGGGACACGGGAAGAACAUUCUAUAAGUUCGUUGUCAUCUGGCUUUGGAUACUCGAUGCUCUGCACCUGGCCUUGAUCAUCCAUUGCGUCUACUACUAUCUAGUGAUCAACUAUGCGGACAUCAAUGCGCUCACGGAAAUUGUAUGGAGUUUUAAGUUUCAGAUUAUAAUCGACUUUUUAAUCGUCUAUGGGGUACAUUUCCUGUAUCUUUAUCGCAUAUGGAUAGUCGGCCAGGGCCGAUCAAGACCUCUCCUUAUAACAGUAGGUAUAUUCGUAAUCUUGGGUUCAGGUGUUGGCAUCACUCUUAUGUGGGCCAUGUAUCAAUGUCAUGUGUUCACGGAUUUGCUUAAAAUCGAGUGGUCGACAUACAUGACGGUUGGAACGACUACUUUCCUCGAUAUCAUUAUUGCAUCGUCGCUAAGCUAUCUCCUUGCCACCUCCCGUACUGGCUUCUCUGGCACCGAUUCUUUAAUAACAAAACUCAUGGGUUAUACCAUCAAUACAGGCUGUCUGACGAGGUAUUCCUCCUUCGAGCCUAUCCCAUAUCUCGACUCAUAUCUCGUGCAGUAUGUGUUCAAUGACAGUUAUGAUCACAUGCGCAGUGAUGCCGCAGAACUUCAUAUUCCUCAGUAUCUUUUUUUUACUCUAUAUGUCAACUCAUUCCUCGCACUCCUGAACGCGCCACACUACAUGCAGCCCAACACAAGCCCUAACGAUCUAUCCACAUUCUGUACGCGCGAUGGUGUCACCUAUCCAGAGGUCCACCUGUCGCAAAACAGGGAACUCCAGGCAUCCCGGCACACACAUCCCGACGCAGUGACGCAUCCGACUCCAUCUGUCGUGCCACAGCGGCCGAUUGAGGUGAUGGUGGAGAUGGAUUAUUUCUCGUCAGAGUGAUGGAUGAGUAUGCAUGUCUUGUCGCGAGAUAGGACCUUGUGAGGAGAAGAGGAGUCAAGCCCACUACACUUGUACCUGCAGGUUCAGUACACUAAAACAUCGCUACUUAGAAGUUAGAAGCAAUUUGUACCUAUAUAGAAGUGCGUUUGAGACACACGACUUCCUAUGGAUUGGAUGACAGUGAUGGCACACCAGUGUAACCCUGCCUAUCUCAAGUAUAGUAGGAUGUGGCAUCUUAUCGCUGGUCCGCGCACUGCAGCUCUAACAGCAACUCACUGCUUCCUACAGCGACCCGAUCAGGAUUUCU